AUGGAGCAAUUACCAGUUGAUGCGACCGCUGAGCGGCGCUUUCAAGAGUCUCACGAUACUGCGCUCUGUUUGAUACCUCCACCCCAAUCUUGGGGGCCUAUCAAUGCGCUGCGAUCACUCAAUGAUGAAAAAUCCACAAAAUGGCCGCCACAUGUUACUCUUGUUUAUCCGUUUGUCACGCCAGAAGCCCUCCCUGAUGUGGCUGAGGCGCUCUGCCAGCAUAAGAUUGCAUCUCAGGAUGAAGACAUCCCCAUCAGCUUGGAGGAAGCUGGAGCCUUUUCUCACCGCCGACGAAGCACCGUCUUCAUUCGGCCGAACCCCGGACAGCAAGUCAAUCGUCUCUCAGAGCUGAGAGACCAAGUCUAUCGUUUUCUCGGCUGGCCCAAAGGCAGAGAGUACCGGCCUCACUUGACGCUUGCUCAGAGCGAGGAUUCUCAGACAUCAUGGCACCAAUUUCUCCUGGAAAAGGCUCGGCUUUUGACGCCGUUGACAUGGCAUACCCAUCAGCUCGCAAUAAUGAUACGUGACCAUCAAUCGCCGAACGGCACCGCAGCCUCGCGACCAAUGAGGCUUUGGGGGUACAUCGACCUGACAUCUCAGUCUGUUGUUCGCGAUCCCGCAACUUUGGCUGCGAUCCCUGCUCUGCCAGUGGAUAUUUCUCUGCCACGCCCUCAAACCACAUUUCAUCAUGAUGGAGUGAACUUGUCAUGGGAGCCUCUUUCAGAAUCCAUCACUAACACAGACGUUGAGCCAACUCAGCUCAAUCGUCUUGUUAUCGCCUCUUACAAUGUCCUGGCCGAGUUUGACUGGCCACCGAGCUCAUCUCGCUAUCUAGAACUUGUGGGCAAUAUUCUCUCGGAGCGCGCCUCCGCUGAUAUUCUUGUCCUUCAGGAAGUCACCGAUCAGUUUCUCAGUUUUCUACUAUCCGACUCCAACAUUCGCUCGCAGUAUCCCUACGCCACUCAUGGACCACCCGAUCAGCAUGGCGUUGCUCCUCUUCCUAGCCAUUUAAAUAUCGUUGUUCUAAGCAAGCUUCCAUUUCGGUGGGAGUAUCUUCCGAGCUUUAAACACAAGGGCUUUGGGAUUCUCAAAUUCCCGACAGUUCGAGUGGGUGGGCAUUCAGACUCUCUCCCAAUGCCCCUAGUAUUGGCAGCUUGCCAUCUCAGCAGGGGCCUAAACGAUGCUGCCCUGGCGACUAAAAGAGACGAGCUGAAGAGACUUACCGAGCACUUGAACUCUUCGUUUCAUCAACACUCAUGGAUAGUUGCAGGCGACUUCAACUUAGCCUCGUCCUCACAUACAAUCGAUCAAGCGCUGCAAAGGGGCGAAGUUUCUCAAAAGGGCCUCGCUUGUCUUGAAGAAAUUGAGGCUACAUUGUCCAAGGCUGGGCUCCAAGACGCAUGGUUAGUUUCCCGAGUUGGCCCUGGAGAAUCUUCGAGUACAACGAAAAAUCAUGAAUCGGAUUUGGGACUUUAUGAGGGAGAACAGGGAGCAACCUUUGACCCAAUCUCCAACACCCUUGCUGCGGCCUCGGUCAGUGCCAACGGUAAUCGUCCACAGAGGUAUGAUAGGAUUCUAGUCACCAAAUUUGCUCAAUUAUACCCUCAUGGAUUCAACAUGUUCGGCCAAGCCAUGAACGCAAGCGGGAGUAUCUCUCAGAACCCGGCUAGCGACCAUUGGGGCAUUCGCUGCCUUCUUAUGCUGUCACCAUCCAAUGUGGGCGUUGAUACUCCCUCUAGUUCCAAGUUCCAGGAAACCAGCCUACACAAAGCCUCUCCAAUAUGGGGCAGCUUCGAGGAGUUGAAAGCCAGUUUGGUAUCCAAUGGCCAAUUUCCUUCUGCUUCGGAUGCGGAGCUUAGACAAGAAGCAGUAGCUCUGUUGCAAAGGACUUUGCUAGAGAAUGAUGCCACUGAUGACGCUGAAAAACGCUCACAAGUUCAGCUUGUUCUCAUCCCUGUGGGAUCGUUUGGCCUUGGCGUGUGGACCAGCUUGUCGGACAUAGACUGUCUCUGUGUAGGCAACAUAAGUUCCAAGACAUUUUUCUCUUUGGCGGUGCACAAGUUGAAGAAGGCUUCAGCGAACGGUAUAAAGAUCCUGCGUCGCGUUAUGGCAAAUACCGGAACAAUGCUUGAGUUGGAGAUCCGCGGCAUCAAGUUUGAUCUUCAGUAUUGCGCUGCCGCAGCAAUCGCUCAGGGAUAUCCCGAUGUUUUGAAACGACCUGCAUCAGACCCUAUCUUCUCCUUGCCGGUACAAUCAAUAGCAAAGCUUAAACCCGCUCGGGAUCUUUUCUACCUACGGAGGUCCAUUCCUGAUAUGACCAAAUACCGUGUGGCGCAUCUUUUCAUCAAGGCCUGGGCACAAUCCAGAGGAUUGUACUCGGCAAAAUUCGGAUUAUUGGGGGGGAUUCACAUCACCUCUUUGCUGGUGCCUGUUUGCAAGGCCUUGGCAAAUGAACCCGAGGCAGCCUCCACCGCCGAUAUUUUGACCUCCUUUUUCUACCACUACUCGAAGUUCGAAUGGGAAUCAGGAGUGGUAUUCGAUCCCUUUUACCAUCGUGACUUGAAAUACCAUCGCACGUUGAGGGAGCCACUUUGCCUGCUUGGUUGGCAUGGUCCAUCUCUUAAUACAGCGUCCAGCGCCUCCAUCUCCACUGUCAAUGCUUUGGCCUCUGAGUUGACCAGAGUGGCAGCUCUUCUUUCUCAAGACGAUAUGACAUGGAGCAAGUUUCUCGGCAUGGAGCUAUCUGGAACUCCGUCGAGCUUGAUAGAGAAAGGCGCGGCUGAUUUUCUUGGUUCCUAUCGAACGUACAUCAAAAUCAGUGCCCGCUACUGGGGAUCCUCCCAACAGAAAGGAAGAAGCCGAAAGACUCUGGGCCUUGUACCACGUAUCUGGCCCGCCAGAUUCAUAGACGAGGAUCCAACCAGCGGUGCCGGUGAAGAGAAUUCGGAGCUUUCGGCAUGUUAUUUGAUAGGCCUUAAGUGGGUUGAUAGUAUUGCGGACAAGUCUGCAACGAGCCAGGCCGCCGCAGAAGGCAACAUCCGCGUCAUUCUCCAAGAAUUCGAAUCUCGCAUCCAGAAGAGCGACAAAUUUUAUGACGCCGAGCACUGUUGGAUGAGCGCAUCCAUUGUGCGCCGAUCUGGCCUCGGCCCUGUGAAGCUUGCACCCGGACAGCUCUACGAGUACGAUGGUGCCGAUACAGAUCUCGACGACGAGGAGAGCGACUCGGAAGAGGAAAAUGAGCCAGCGAGCGAAAUUUACGCCUCCAGGAAAGAGUCUCGAUCACUGAAAACAGGCGCCUCCAAGUCUAUAUCCGAAGUUGUUAAGCCGGCUGGGGCAGGCAAGCUCCGCAGCGCAGUCGACGCCAUGAAUCGCAUCCGAUGGGAUUCAGGCAUGGACUCUAGUGACUACCUAGUUGGAUACGAAGAUCGUUUCCUCGGAGCUCAGGAGAAGGCAUUGGACAACUGGAGAACCGAACAAACAGACGAGGAAUUCAUUCCACAACAUCGAAUCUUGUACUUCAAGCGCAAGAGCGAUGGAGUAAUUGUGUGGGAUAGGAGGACACGAGUAGAUACGAUAUUUGGUAGCGGACAAAGAACGUCCAAAGUUGAUGCGUAA